CCUUCUCUGCGCGUCCCGUCGGGGCUGCAGGAGCCGCAGGGGGAGAAGCCGGCCGGAGGCGGACUUGGAGCUGGAAAGAUGGCCCAGAAGGAGCUGGAAAAGGUGCCCAUCGCCUCCUCCUCGGGGCCGGAGGACGUGGAGAAAGCCCCCAGGCCUCCUGCAUAUUCAGCUGUGAUAGCAAAGCCCUCUAGCACAGGACGGCUUCUUAGGAUCGGGGCUAUCGUGCUCAUUGGAGGAGCCAUCCUUAUCCUCUUUGGAGCUAUUGGAGCCUUUUACUAUUGGAAGGGGAAUGACAAAGAGGUUUAUAAUGUCCACUACACGAUGAGUAUUAAUGGGAACGUUCAGGAAGGAUUGAUGGAAAUAGAUGCUGGGAACAACCUGGAGACCUUUAAAACUGGAAGUGGUGGUGAAGAAGCUGUUGAAGUUCAUGAUUUUCAGAUUGGCAUAACUGGAAUCCGUUUUGCUGGAGGAGAGAGAUGCUACAUUAAAGCCCAAGCUAAAGCUCGCCUCCCUGAAGUCAACGCAAUGACAAAGGAGAGCCUUUCUUUUGAUCUGGAAGAUGAAAUUAUGCCCGCUAAAUUUGAUGAAAACUCCCUCGUUUGGGUUGCUAUGGAUCAGCCUAUAAAGAAUAGCAACUUCCUGAGUCCCAAGAUUUUAGAGCUCUGUGGAGAUUUGCAGAUUUUCUGGCUUCAACCUUCCUAUCCAAAAGCAGGGCAAAGGAGAAAGAGAGGGGCUACCAGGAAAGCACGCCAGACUCAAUCAAACUUUGACAUGGACCAGUUUGAAGCUGCUGCUGAAGAACGCAAUACUCGGCCACGUGCCAACCAGCGGGCUCAGCCACGUGUUCGUCCAGCGAAUGCUACCCAACCUCCUGUGCGUGACAACAGGCCACCCUUUAACCCAGAUAAUCCCUACCAUCAGUUAGAAGGUGGUGAAGGGAUGAGCUUUGACCCUCGUCUGGAUCAUGAAGGCAUCUGCUGCAUCGAAUGUAGACGGAGCUACACGCAUUGCGAGAGGAUCUGUGAACCUCUUCUGGGCUAUUAUCCCUGGCCUUAUAACUACCAAGGAUGCCGCACUGCUUGCCGACUUAUUAUGCCUUGCAGUUGGUGGGUUGCCCGCAUCUUGGGUAUUGUAUAAAGUUGCUUGGAGUUCCGGACUAUGAAGAGGAAGUGAGCAUAUACAGGCAUUCCUUAAGUUACUGUAGUAAUUGUUUUGCUGUCUGUGCCCCUGUUCAAAACAUUUCACCUCACUUUUUGUCCCUGUGAUACCCUGUUUUGCCCAAAAUAAGGCAGGUAUUAUAUAAUUUUUUGUUCCAAAAGAUGUGUUAAGGCCUGUUUUCAGGAGCUGUCUUGUUUUUCUAAAUUGAUUUUUUAAUGAACUAUAUCUAGGGCUUAUUUUUGAAAUAUUUCAAGCAUCCUCAAAAUCCUGAAAAAUCAUGAUAGGUCUUAUUUUCAGGGUAGGUCUUAUUUUGGGGGAAACAAAGUAAUUGGAUUGUGAGAAAUUUUACUUGUUGUGGAAACAAUGAUUAGUGAUAAAGCAUCAGUUGAGACACCUUUUCCCCCGAUAACUCUUUCAGGCCGCUCUGAGUCCCCUUGUGGGGAGAAGGGCGAGAUAGAAAUGUAUGAAAUAAAUAAAAUAAAUUCAGUCAUGAAUCUCUUUCCUAGAGGUAGAUUUCUCUCACUUCUCAUCUCGCCUCUGUUCUUAACUAUGAGUUGUUUGUGAGUCAGGUGUUUGUAACUCUGGGACUGCCUGUACUUAAAAGCCUUUCACCUUGCAUCUGUGUAUAUGCUAACGUUUUUUUUAAAAUGACAUCUGCUGUUGUAGAUGUAAAUAACAUUAAAGAUUUAAAUUAAUAUUUCAUUCAUUUUACAAAUGCAAAAUCGAAAGUGGGUAAACUAUAUUGUAAAACCAUACCUUGGCGAAAAUUAAGAAGAAUCUAUGAUUAAGAUUUGUCAACACAAAUGUUCAUUUGCAUCACCUCUCGGUGUAUCAAGAGUUCCUUUAGAAAUGUUUACCCAGUCCUUGUGUUACUAUAUAGAUGUGAACAUUUGUCCAGUUAGAUUAUUAGCUAGGCCUUUCGGGAGUACCUUUCAAAAAUGUAGAACUUGACAAAUAAAUCAUAAGUGAAGCUG